ACAGACAGAGCAAGGAGGUGUGUUAUCUGGGGUAGAUAGUGCAGGCAGUGAGGCGGUAAGUGCAGGGUGAGUUUGUGUGAUGAGAACGCAGCCUUGUAUGGAAGUAAAGGGAGGAGGACGACGAUAAGCAGCAGCUCUGCACCGCUGGCCAUGUUUAGAGCCUCUUGGCCAUCCUGCACUACCACAAACAAUGCCUGCUUCAGCUAAAUUUAAAUCUGCACAGCUUAAUGUCCUGCGCUCGCUACGCCACACUCAGUCUCAAGCUCACUUGGCCACUGGACCCUCACAGGGAAAGAUAACAGGAGAUCAGGUAUCAAACACCUCAGGAAAAUGGGACAAUCAGACACUCCAUGCCUCCACCAUCCAUCACUCACUCUGUUCUUCAUAUUUAUAUUCCAUGAGCUCCAGCACGUUGCUGCUGGAGGAUCCAAGCUUCAUGAAGUUUCAGUUCCAGCUAAUAAUACUGAAAGCUGCUCAGGUACCUAUGAAUGUAAAGAAGGAGUGAUCCUGCCACUAUGGAGGCCAGAAAACCCAUCGUUUGGAGACAAGCUGGCGAGAGCCACCAUCUAUUUCGUUGCUAUGGCAUAUAUGUUCCUCGGGGUCUCCAUCAUUGCAGACCGUUUUAUGGCAUCCAUCGAGGUCAUCACAUCACAAGAGAAGGUAAUCACCAUCAAAAAGCCGAACGGAGAAACCACCACCACCACGGUCCGCAUCUGGAAUGAAACCGUGUCCAAUCUCACCCUGAUGGCACUGGGAUCAUCUGCUCCAGAGAUCCUGCUCUCUGUCGUGGAGGUUUGUGGACACAACUUUGACGCAGGUGAUCUGGGGCCGAACACCAUCGUGGGCAGCGCCGCCUUCAACAUGUUCGUCAUCAUUGGACUCUGUGUUUCUGUCAUCCCCGAUGGCGAUCAUCGCAAAGUAAAACAUCUCAGAGUGUUCUUCGUCACUGCAGCUUGGAGCAUCUUUGCUUACACCUGGCUCUACAUGAUCCUGGCUGUGUUUUCUCCAGGCGUCGUGGAGGUGUGGGAAGGUUUACUGACACUCUUCUUCUUCCCCAUAUGCGUGGUGUUCGCGUGGAUCGCUGACCGCAGACUUCUGUUCUACAAAUAUGUUUACAAAAGAUAUAGAGUUGGGAAGCAGCGAGGAAUGAUUAUUGAGACUGAAGGAGAACCUGAACUCCAGUCGAAAACAGAUGUUGAAAUGGACAGAAAGAUGCUCAGCUUUCUAGAUGGAACUGUGGAUGCAUCUGAGGAGAUGGAUGAGGAGGAAACCAGAAGAGAAAUGGCAAGGAUUUUAAAAGAACUGAAACAGAAUCAUCCAGAAAAAGACAUGGAGCAGCUAGCAGAGAUCGCUAACUACCAACUUCUCAGCCUGCAACAGAAGAGUCGAGCGUUUUAUCGCUGCCAGGCCACCAGGCUUAUGACCGGUGCAGGAAACAUUCUGAAGAAACAUGCAGCAGAUCAGGCCAGAAGAGCCCUCGGCACCUAUGAACUACGAUCUGAGGUCUCAGACAAUGAUCAUUCCUCAAAGAUCUUUUUCUAUCCCGCUUCAUACCAGUGUUUGGAAAACUGUGGCUCAGUGGCACUGAAUGUGGUCCGACGUGGAGGUGACCUGACCAGCAUGGUUUCUGUAAACUACCAAACAGAAGACGGCACUGCCAACGCGGGCUCCGAUUACAAGUUCACUGAGGGCAUCAUCGUCUUCAAACCAGGUGAGACUGAGAAGGAAAUCCGAGUGGAAAUCAUUGAUGAUGACAUCUUUGAAGAAGAUGAGCAUUUCCUGGUCCACCUGCGCAAUGUCAGGGUUCUGUCUGAGGGAACAAACCAUGAGGAUUCAAUGUCUAAUCACGUGGACAGCCUGGCAGGACUGGGACUUCCAUCCACUGCCACGGUGACCAUCUUUGAUGACGAUCACGCUGGGAUCUUUAUGUUUGAGGAACCAGUGAUGCACGUCAGUGAGAGCAUCGGGGUGAUGGAGGUGAAAGUGGUGAGGAUGUCUGGAGCUCGAGGAGUUGUUGAAGUUCCAUAUAAAACCAUCGCUGGAACAGCUAAAGGAGGAGGUGAGGACUUUGAGGAUACCUACGGAGUCCUGGAGUUCGAGAACGACGAGAUCUCUAAAUCUGUUCAGAUCAAUAUUAUCGAUGAUGAGGAGUAUGAAAAGAACAAGAACUUCUUCAUGGAGAUUGGAGAGCCACGAUUGUUGGAGAUGAGUGAGAGGAAAGCUGUCUUACUGCAUGAGUGUGGUGGCUUCAUAAAGACAGAUAAGCAGCUGUUUGGGAGAGAUGUGUACCGGAAGGUGCAGGGUAGAGACAACCCAAUACCCUCUAACAUCAUCACCAUUACAGAUGAAGGAGUGAAGCGUUCUCUAUCUGAGAAGGAGGAGGAGGAGAUGAGGAUUGCUGAGCUGGGACGGCCAUCUUUAGGAGAAAACUCUCGACUGGAAGUCGUCAUUGAGGAGUCCUAUGAGUUCAAAAGCACAGUAGAUAAAUUAAUAAAGAAAA